UAAACACACAGACGAUAGCGAGGCUAAUGUUGUAAACUGACUCCAGACCAGCUGAAGUCACAGUGAGCGGCGUCUGUUCCCGGGACUUUUUAAAUGUUCACAUCCGAACAACAGAGUAUGCACAAAAGAAUAUGGAACCCGACAGCCCGGCCGGUGACUUCCUGUCUCCAGAGUCCACAGUGACCUCCCUGCUGUCGAGCUCAGGUCAUCUGAGGAGCAGCCUGCGGGUCCCUGAACACACCACUACCUUCAGAUACAGAAACAAGAACUAUGACUCUGCCUCUGCGGCGCUGGACGCCUACAUCACAGACUUUGACAGCAGCUGUCAGAAGUGCCGGUCAGUGACAGGAAGACUCGUUCUGCCACAGAGUCCCUCGUCCACACCGAGCAGACUCAGAGAGAGCACACUUAGAAACAAAGAUGUUCUUCGGGAGAGUUUGACGGAGAGGGAGCUGGACUUCCUGAAUCUGCCUGUCAGCUCCCUCCGUCACCGUGUCAACCGAGACAGACUAUCCAUGACAACGGACGAGCUGCUGUCCAUCCCUUACGAUGGCUCUCUGCCUGUCACCCACACGUCUGCCUUCUUACAAGGUCUCGUGUCCCAGUCUGGAGCCUCGCAGCUCCACUGCACCCCCUCCUGUCCAGGAUGUAGAGCCUGUUCUGGGCUCAGCAGCAGCCACACUGACCCCCGUCUGAACCGCCACCACCACCCUCAGUUCAUCCAUCGGUCCAGGAGCUCCAGGGUCAUAGGUCAAUCAGCAGCAGAGAAAGAGUUUCCUGUGAGCAGCUUUAAGUCUACACACAGAGCAGCAGCGUCACAGUGGGAGGAGCCUUCAGUGUCACACCGUCCCUGGUCUGACCUGAAAUGCCCAGCAUGGAUCCAGGACUGUGACCUCAGCGAGCCUCUGCCACCGUCCUCAGAGUCAAGGCUGAGAGACGACAACAUCCACAGUGUUUUUCCACAUGUUGCUGCCAGAGGUGGAGCUCCGUCCUGGGUGGCAGAGCUGGAGGAGGAGGAUGAGAGCUGUUCACAGGUGGGCAGCCAGCUGUCUCUCAGAGAUCUGAGGCUUCAGUUUGCUGAACAGAUCUCACAGCUCGCCGCAGAGAGAAGGAGCUCUGGCAGCAUGGAAACUCUGUUCAGAGACAACAGGAUCGAGUCUCUGAUCCAGAAAGCAGAUCACGUGCUGAACUCUCUGUGUCAGAGACGUGAAGGAGCAGUGAGUCCAGUGAACACUGAGGAUCUGCUCACUUCUCCCUCACACCGUUCCUCGUUCCCUCUUAACUCAGCAGCAGCAGCAGGGGGCAGCACAGAGGCUCGGAGCAACAGAACAGCUGAGACUCCGGGCUAUGGUCUCCAUGGCAACAGCAUCUGGGAGCAGCCAGGUCCAGUGGAGGCGCUGAAGCAGAUGCUGUUCAGACUCCAGUCGGUGGAGGCGCAGCUUCAGCAGCAAGAAGGUGAAGCAGCAGCCGCUCCCACACAGCCUGAGAGGCUGCAGACGUUAGACACGCCGCUGAAGCAGAUGCAUGAAGGUGAAGCAGAACUGGAGAGUUUUACAGGUGGACCAUCACUGCACAGAGCGCUGCAUCACCUGAACCGUUUGAAGCUCCUGGUGGGGGAACCUAGGGAGAAACAGCAGGAGGAGAAGGAUGAAGAUGAAGGACGGUUCUCCGCCUCCUCUAAUGACGGACAUGUCUGUGCUCGGGACAAAGACUCCUGAAAAGUGAAGGACGAUGACUGCCUGUCGGUGUCUCUGUCACAGAAGGUGCAGACAAACCUGAAUGAAGUUGUGGAUUUUACAUGAGAAUGUGCCAAGCUGCGAAGAAUGUCCAGACAAUCAGGUUUGGUCAUUUUCAAGAGUGGCAGAUGAAGGUCAGGUGAGGGGGGCGGAGCAUGGGCGGAGCUCCUGGAGGCAGGACACUGCCUGACAGUGACACUGACUCACUGUAUAAUAAGCCAUAACUUUUCCUGCAGUUUUCUACAGAACAUGUCUGAACUAAACACAGUGUUAAAGGGACAGUUCAGGUUUUUUGGAAGUAUGGAUAUGUGGACGAUAUUCUCAAAUGUCUUGUUUUGCUCACAAACCAACCGGGAAGUAAUCGGCUCUGCUUCAUGUGACAGUUUAUUCAAAUGUUUAUUUAAUUUGAACGGGCAUGUACAUGUCAAGUUAAUCCAUUGCAGUGGCAUCAAGACAAUGGCUGCAGACACACAGAUCAUUAUUAUUAAUAAGAGGAUACAAAGAUAAGUAAAUAAAAUAACAUUCUUUCAUUCUAAAACCC